CCUGCAGAUGCGCUCCGACUGCUCCAGGAGGGUGGGAAGGGGUAGAAAACCAGGCCAUGACCCCCCGCGGGCUCUUGUUGCUGCUGCUGCCCCUGCUGCUGGGUGCCCGCCUGGGUACCUCGGCACGGUGUCCAGACUGUGGGCAGGGGGCGCCGGCGGGCUGCCCCGGGGGCUGCUUGGAGGAGGAGGAAGGGGUAGCACAGCCGCAGCCAGAAGGGUGUACAGAGGCCGGAGGGUGCGUCAGGCGGGAGGGGGAGCUAUGUGGGGUUUACACCCCUAACUGUGGCCCAGGGCUCCAAUGCCACCCCCCAGAAGAUGAUGAGACACCACUCCGAGCAUUGCUGCUUGGCCGGGGUCGCUGCCGAAGGUCCAGGGGGCCAUCAGGGGAGAGUCCUAAGGGAACCAAGCCCAGCCCAGGGGGCCCCCAGCAGCAGGAUGCGAACCGUGGAGGUCGAGAGAAGAACUCGGGCACCCCCUCCACUCCUUCCCGACCCAGUCCUGGGGGUGGACAAGACAGUGAGAUGGGUCCGUGCCGCCGCCACCUAGACACAGUGUUACAGCAGCUCCAGGCUGAGGUGUACCGAGGUGCUCGAACUCUUUACGUGCCCAACUGUGACCACAAAGGCUUCUACAGGAAGCGGCAGUGUCGGUCAUCUCAAGGGCUGCGCAGGGGACCCUGUUGGUGUGUAACCCGAAUGGGACAACCUCUGACUGGCCCCACUGAAUCGGAUGCAAACUCCCUCUGUCUUUCUGACCCCAGUGGUUGAGGCAGAGGCAAGGAAGAGUAGCUGGGGCCACUGAUGGAGCUGGUCUGGGGGAGUGCCAUCAUGGGCUAUUUAUUGAGUGAUGAAGAACUCAAGGAAGAGCAGCCCUGGGUUCCCCCUCCCCCUUCCCCCAGCAUCUCCAUCUCCCCCGGUCCUUCCUCAAGCUGGGCUGUGUGUGUCAGUGACUCAACUACAUGAUAGUUGAGAAGGCUAUUGGUGUUGGGCUGGGUUGUUAAUAAAACCGAGUUGGGGUC